AUGAAGGCUGUGAAGCGAAAGCCGGUACUUACCGUGGAACCAGAGUUAUGCCCCUCGGCAGUUCAGUACUGGGCGAAUGACAACACAAAGAACGGCCGUGGGAACUCUGAGGUUACCGAGAAGGCGAGAAGGCACCUCUCCGCCUUGGGAUGGAAGUUCUGGUAUGCAACCAAGAAGCAGAAGAUCGAGUUGCGGUACGAGUCUCCCACUGGAAAAGUUUAUUACUCGCUUCGCAUGGCUUGCCAAGCCUGUGUAAAUUAUCUAGGACGAGGAAUAUUUUCCGAAAGCAUUGGUUCGAAUUCCGUGGAGUGCUCUGCUACUCUUGAUAUUGUAGUAGAUAUUACGCCGCGGUCGACAUCAAGGAAAACGUUUAAGAAGAGAGAGAUUGGUGAAAUCUCGCAGGUAGAUGAUGAUUGGAGUCCGAAACAGCAGCGAGGGAAAACAGUUAAGAAGAGAAAGAUUGGUAAAAUAUCGAUGGUCGAUGAUGACUGGAGUCCGGAACAGAAGCGAGGUAAGGUUCAUGCGGAUAUGAAGAGACUAAAGAAACAGAAUAAAGCUAGUAAACAGCAGGCCACACGCAUUUUACGGUCUACCAAAAGAGCGAGAGAGAUCGAGAUCACGGAUCCUGGCACUCGAAACCCUAGGACAGUCCUGUCUUGGUUGAUCGACAGUAAUGCUGUGUCCCCGAACGCUAAGGUACACUACCGCCCUAGAAAAGGCACUGACAGUCCAUUGGCGACGGGUCGGAUUACUCGCGAGGGAAUCAAGUGUGACUGUUGUUCUAAGGUGUUUACCCUCACUGCGUUUGAAACACACGCUGGUAGCACAAACCAUCGACCAAGCGCCCACAUUAUAUUGGACGAUGGCAGGACUCUCAACGAUUGUCAGAGGCAAACGAUGAAGAGUCGGAAAGGAAGCACCAACACCGUCACGAGGUCAAAUGAAGAAGCGACGACUGGCAAUAUGCAUCAAGAUCAUCAUCCUCCUCGUGAUCAGAACGAUGAUAUAUGCACCGUGUGUCACUUUGGAGGCGAUCUGAUUCUCUGUGAUCGGUGUCCCGCUGCAUUCCACAUUAGUUGUCUUGGUUUGAAGGAUGUGUCGGAAGGCGAUUGGUUCUGCCCAUCGUGUUGCUGUGUGAAGUGUGGUAAAGGAAACCCUAAGGAGGAUAGAAAUAAUGGUCUUGUGAUAUGUGGCCAAUGUGAUAAAAAAUACCACUAUGGGUGCCUGAGGAAUGAAGGGGUUGAGGAAUUGGAAAGGGAUUCCAAAGGAAACUGGUUUUGCAGCAGAAAAUGUGAGGGCAUAUAUCUGGGGAUCAACAAGAUCGUGGGGAAAAGAAUUCUAGUGGGUCCUGACAAUCUGACCUGGACACUGUUGAGGCCUUCUCCCCCAUCUGAUUCUGAUAUGGAGGACUUGACAGAAAACUACAGCAAGCUCAAUUUGGCUCUGAGUGUGAUGCACGAGUGUUUCGAGCCUUCUCAGGAUCCUUACACGAAAGAGACAUUGUCGAGGACAUUAUUUUCAACAGAGAGUCGGACCUGA